GGGCUGCGCAGGGCUGAGGGGCUGGCGUGCGUCCCCGUCCCGAGCGAGUGCCGGGACCGUGGGGCGCGGGGCUGCGCGUCCUUGUGCCUGUGAUGCCUGCGCGUAGAGGGGAGAUGCUGUUGCCCCAGGAGAUGACCGUGGAGCUGAGCUGUGGAGUGGGGCCACUGCAAGUGAUCCUGGGUCCAGAGCAGACUGCAGUGCUGGACUGUAGCCUGGGGGCUGCUGCCUCUGGACCCCCCACCAGUGUAACAUGGAGCAAAGAUGGGGACACCCUGCUGGAGCAUGACCACCUGCACCUGCUACCUAAUGGCUCCUUAUGGCUGUUCCAGUCACCAGCACCCAAUGGCAGUGACGAGGCAGCCCCUGGGGCCUUGGGAGUCAUUGAGGGCAACUAUUCCUGCCUGGCCCAUGGUCCGCUUGGAGUGAUGGCCAGCCAGGCUGCUGUGGUCAAGCUCGCCACACUCGCAGACUUCUCUCUGCAUCCGGAGUCUCAGACGGUGGAGGAGAAUGGGACAGCUCGCUUUGAGUGCCACAUUGAAGGGCUGCCAGCCCCCAUCAUUACUUGGGAGAAGGACCAGGUGGCAUUGCCUGAGGAGCCUCGGCUCAUCACUCUUCCCAAUGGCGUCCUUCAGAUCCUGGAUGUUCAGGAGAGUGACGCGGGCUCCUACCGCUGUGUGGCCACCAACGCAGCCCACCAGCGCAUCAGCCAGGAGGCCCUGCUUCGCGUGGCCCUCAGAGGGUCCCUGGCAUCCACCAAGGGGCAGGACGUGGUCAUUGUGGCAGCCCCAGAGAACACCACCGUGGUGUCUGGCCAGAGUGUGGUGAUGGAAUGUGUGGCCUCAGCGGACCCCACCCCCUUUGUGUCCUGGGUCCGACAGGAUGGGAAGCCCAUCUCCACGGAUGUCAUCGUCCUGGGUCGCACCAACCUGUUAAUCGCCAGCGCGCAACCCCGGCACUCCGGCGUCUACGUCUGCCGUGCCAACAAGCCCCGCACGCGCGACUUUGCCACGGCAGCCGCGGAGCUGCGCGUGCUGGCGGCUCCUGCCAUCUCGCAGGCGCCCGAGGCGCUGUCGCGGACGCGGGCGAGCACGGCGCGCUUCGUGUGCCGCGCGUCGGGGGAGCCGAGGCCGGUGCUGCGCUGGCUGCACGACGGGGCGCCGCUGCGGCCCAACGGGCGCGUCAAGGUCCAGGGUGGCGGCGGCAGCCUGGUCAUCACCCAGAUCGGCCUGCAGGACGCCGGCUACUACCAGUGCGUGGCUGAGAACAGCGCGGGAACGGCGUGCGCCGCGGCGCCGCUGGCGGUGGUGGUGCGCGAGGGGCUGCCCAGCGCCCCCACGCGGGUCACGGCCACACCACUGAGCAGCUCCGCCGUGCUGGUGGCCUGGGAGCGGCCCGAGCUGCACAGCGAGCAGAUCAUCGGCUUCUCCCUCCACUACCAGAAGGCACGGGGCAUGGACAAUGUGGAAUACCAGUUUGCAGUGAACAAUGACACCACAGAGCUGCAGGUUCGGGACCUGGAACCCAACACUGAUUAUGAGUUCUAUGUGGUGGCCUACUCCCAGCUGGGGGCCAGCCGCACCUCCACCCCCGCACUGGUUCACACGUUGGAUGAUGUCCCCAGUGCAGCGCCCCAGCUCUCCCUGUCCAGCCCCAACCCCUCGGACAUCAGGGUGGCGUGGCUGCCCCUGCCCCCCAGCCUGAGCAAUGGGCAGGUGGUGAAGUACAAGAUAGAGUAUGGUUUGGGAAAGGAAGCAGAUCAGAUUUUCUCCACCGAGGUGCCAGGGAAUGAGACACAGCUUACGCUGAACUCACUUCAGCCAAACAAGGUGUAUCGAGUAAGGAUUUCAGCUGGCACAGGGGCCGGCUACGGGGUCCCCUCCCAGUGGAUGCAGCACAGGACGCCCAGUGUGCACAACCAGAGCCACGUCCCUUUUGCUCCUGCAGAGUUGAAGGUACGGGCAAGGAUGGAGUCUCUGGUGGUGUCAUGGCAGCCGCCCCCUCACCCCACUCAGAUCUCUGGCUACAAACUGUACUGGCGGGAAGUAGGAGCCGAGGAGGAGGCUGAUGGGGAUCGCCCCCCAGGAGGCCGUGGAGACCAGACUUGGGAUGUGGGGCCGAUCCGGCUCAAAAAGAAAGUGAAGCAGUAUGAGCUGACCCAGCUAGUUCCUGGCCGGCUAUAUGAGGUGAAGCUCGUGGCAUUCAACAAACAUGAGGACAGCUAUGCGGCGGUGUGGAAGGGCAAGACAGAGAAGGCUCCCACGCCAGACCUGCCCAUCCAGAGGGGGCCACCUUUGCCCCCAGCCCAUGUUCACGCAGAAUCAAACAGCUCCACAUCCAUUUGGCUUCGGUGGAAAAAGCCAGACUUCACCACAGUCAAGAUUGUCAACUACACCGUCCGCUUCAGCCCCUGGGGGCUCAGGAAUGCCUCCCUGGUCACCUAUUACACCAGUUCUGGAGAAGAUAUCCUGAUUGGUGGGUUGAAGCCAUUCACCAAAUAUGAGUUUGCAGUGCAGUCCCACGGUGUGGACGUGGAUGGGCCGUUCGGCUCCGUGGUGGAGCGCUCCACCCUGCCUGACCGGCCCUCAACGCCCCCAUCUGACCUGCGCCUGAGCCCCCUUACGCCAUCCACUGUUCGGCUGCACUGGUGCCCCCCCACGGAGCCCAAUGGCGAGAUUGUGGAGUAUCUGAUCCUGUACAGCAACAACCACACCCAGCCUGAGCACCAGUGGACCCUGCUCACCACGGAGGGAAACAUCUUCAGUGCCGAGGUACACGGCCUGGAGAGCGACACUAGGUACUUCUUCAAGAUGGGGGCACGCACAGAGGUGGGGCCCGGGCCCUUCUCCCGCCUGCAGGAUGUGAUCACCCUCCAGGAGAAGCUCUCAGACACCUUGGACAUGCACUCAGUUACGGGCAUCAUCGUGGGUGUCUGCCUGGGCCUCCUGUGCCUUCUGGCCUGCAUGUGUGCUGGCCUGCGCCGCGGCCCCCACAGGGAAGCCCUCCCGGGCCUGUCCUCCACGGCCACUGCUGGGAACCCUGCAUUGUACUCCAGAGCCCGGCUUGCCCCCCCCACUUCCCCAGCUGCCCAUGAACUGGAGUCUCUUGUGCACCCCCAUCCCCAGGACUGGUCUCCACCACCCUCAGACAUGGAGGACAAGGCUGAAGUGCACAGCCUCAUGGGUGGCGGCGUUUCAGACUGCGGGGGUCACUCCAAGAGAAAGAUCUCCUGGGCUCAGCCAGGUGGGCUGAGUUGGGCAGGUUCCUGGGCAGGCUGUGAGCUGCCCCAGGCAGGCCCCAGGCCGGCUCUGACCAGGGCCCUGCUGCCCCCUGCCGGAACUGGGCAGACACUGUUGCUGCAGGCUCUAGUGUAUGACGCCAUAAAGGGCAAUGGAAGAAAGAAGCCACCCCCGGCCUGCAGGAACCAGGUUGAGGCCGAAGUCAUUGUCCAUUCUGACUUUGGUGCAUCCAAAGGGAACCCUGACCUCCAUCUCCAAGACUUGGAGCCCGAGGAUCCCCUGCCUUUGGAGGCUCCUGAUCUUACCUCUGGUGUUGUGGAUCCAGGGCAGGGGGCAGACUGGUUGGACAGGGAGCUGGGAGGGUGUGAGCAGGCAGUCUCUGGGCCAGACAGACUUACCUGCCUGCCAGAGGCAGCCAGUGUCUCCUGCCCCUACCCAGACCUUCAGCCCAGUGAGGCUCUGGAGGAGGUCCCUGGGAACAGCUGCCAGCCAAAAGUGUCCUGCCCCCUAGGAACCAGCCCAGGCCUGCCCAGAGUACCAGUCUCCUCCUCUGCUUAGCUCCCCUGGAGGGUGCAGCUUGGAGCAGGCUGGUGUGGAUCGUGGGAUGUAACAUGCGUGGCCACACAUGUACACGUAUGUACCUGCAGAUACUGAACAUCAUCGAGCCCUUUGGAGCCUCCUAAGGUGCUUUGGCUGGGGGGAGAAGAACAAAUGGAUUAUUCACUCCCCCCAUACUCUUUGCGACACAUAUGUGAUAUGAGAGAUAUGUAAGACACAGCUACAUGUGAUGUACAUGCGUGAAGCACAUGUGAGUGUACUGGUUCGUGAGCUGGGAAACCUCAGCCUAAGCGGUGGUCACUAUGGCCUAAUUGAUCCUCCAGGUCAGGACAGUGCCCUAGAGUGGUCAGUCCCCAGCCCUGUGGGCCCCGACUUCCAUCACCCAGCCUUUUAUUACACACUCUGAGAGUGUCUCCAAUGCCCUGUCUGACAAAGACAGCCCCAGCCUGUUUUCCGGUCCGGCUGGGCUGAGUGCAAGUAGGCUCUGAAUGCCCAACAUGUGAGCUGCAUCGCCUCCCAUCUCGCAUGCCCCCAGUGCCCAAAUUGAGAGCGUGACCGGCUCCCCUCAAAACAAUUCUGUGAUUGAUUUUAUAAUUUGGGAAGUGCCUGGUUUUGAAAAUCUGCUUUCUCUCACUCCCCUCCUUCCUUCCUCUUCACCGCUGUAGUGGUCUGUCUCCUGGCCAACUUGCUCUCCCAAUCCUAGUGCCCUUCUCUUCUUCCCUGAUGCUCUUUCCUUUCCUCUCUCCUGUUUCCCUGUCUUCCUCUGCCUCCAUCUCUGUCUUUCCCAGCUGUCUCUCUUCUGCCUCUCACGCCUCUCCCAGACUGUCAUCUGGUUCUCCUGCCUGGGUUCAAUCUCUGCAUCCUUCCCUAACAACAUGACUACCUCAUGUCUGCUUCAAGGCCAUAGCAUGACUCCUGUGUCCGCCGCCAUUCACCUCCUCGGUACCUCCUGUCCCCUCUUCUCUCUGUGCCUCUACAUGCCCCCUCCCCAGGCAGACUGCCCACCCCCAGUGCAGGUUUGGAGAAGAUCUUGCACUUUGCCUUGCAUCUUCCUCCUUGGGAUUGGGAUAGGAGUGUUCUCCUUGGUGGUGAUGAAUUCAAGUCACAGGGGAAUUUUUGAGACAGGAAGGGGACUGUGAUCCAGAGGCUCAGAAUAAAAUGACUCCCUCUCUUUGAUGCAGGGAGGCAGGUUUGCUGGACGGAGGCAGUUUCGGACCUUUUUUCCCAACUAAAGCUAAAGGGGGAACAGGGAGGGAGAGGGGAGCCACAGCUCAGCGCUUCCCACCCUGUGCACCUUGAAUGAGACUUGAUCUGGGGUGGGGGCGAGAGGAAUCCCAUCUCCUGGGGUGCUGGAAGGGAGGUCUUUGCAAAGGAAAAAGGUAGUCAGCUCAUUUUGUUUUUUUUCUGAAGUCCUUUUCUGUUGAGUUGCCACACAGGGACUUCUGUUUCCUGUGUAUUGAAAACAAUGUCAUUUAUCCUGUUUUUCACCUCAGCCCUCUCAUAGGAGCGUAGAAUGUGGGGUCUUUGCUUCUAAUUGCAUCUUUUUAACAGAUUGGCACAUCAAGAGUUAACUCUGCCUUCUGGGCCAAAUUAGAAAUAACCAGUCUUUCUUAUCUUUUUUUUUUUUUUUUGGUUGAACAGUGAAAUGUCUCUCAGCAGAGUUGCAACUUCCUCAGACCCUGAAAGCAUCUGUGUUUAUUACACUCGGGUGUCACUCAUGUUUGACAUCCGCACCUACAUUUCCACCUCCUCCCCCUCCUUCAGCCAGCCUAUGAUAACACUAAAGAUUAUUAAUGUUGGUUUUGUAUCUUGUUAAAGACAGAACUGUCACUGGUACUAUUUCUGUAGCAUUCAGCGUUGCUGUGGCUAACACCACUACACAUGUUUCAUCAUUGCUCUGAAGGUCAAAAGCCUCAUUUUAUUUUGCUGGCUUGAAUUUUUUUUUUUUUUUAAGGAACAAACUGCCCUGAAUUAAAUGGCUGUUUUAACAGUAGGCUCUUAGCAUUAUACCACACAGUCAUUUUUCAUGUUCUUGUUUAACAGGCACUGAGGUUCUGGUUUAAAUUAAAUAGCUGCAAAUGAGACAAUUUAUAACCCAUUAGGUUGGGUGGAAAAUUGUUUCUCAAAAGCAAAUAAGUAAUAAAUCUGGUAUCUGCCUAUAACUCACAGUUGAUAAGAAAGUGGCCAUUACUCACUAGCAUUAUGUAUGAUUUGGGCUCUGGGUAAUUGGGAAGUGUUAGGUUUGUGUCUUUUUGGCAGUAUUUUCAUUAGAAAAGAGUCUAUCGGCCUUUUACAGGGUAUUAAUGCCUUUGUCACCUACCAUUGAUGCCUUACGUUUUUUAAGUCUCAUUUCAAAAGCUUCCUUUCAUUGAUGCAUGACAAGUGUAAUUGGUACUUGCUCAUUUAUUUGUCUGUAUUUAGUUUAUGCUGUUUUAUUUAAUUAUUUUUCCAGCAUUUUUUCCUCACAAAUACGAUAUUCUUUAGUGUUAAGCUAAGGCAUUGACCAUGUAUUUGCCAUUAAUAAUGAAUUAAUAAACUAUUUUCCAGAAA